AAGAGAUGUCUGGGAUCAGAGGGAAAGUUGUGCUUAUCCUAGGCUUCGUCUUUCUGACAACUCUUCUGGCGGCGGUGAGAGGGCUUCCCCUGAGGAAACAACGCACCAGCAGCCCCAGGGAGCAGGGUCACAAGCUGAUGGAGGUCUCCACUUCAUCUGACACCCGUUUGACGCAGGAAGAGGAGAUGCCACAGUCCAACAAGGUUCGGAGCCUGAGGCGAAGCGGGCAGGCUGGGACUCGCCGGCACAAACGCCGAUGGUCGUCCCAGCGGGCUGCGAGGAACCAGCCAGUGCCACUCUGGCCUAGUGGUGCUAGCAAGGAGCAGAGCACACCCUUUGUGCUGGACUUACAGAACCUGCCAGGGUUGGCCAAUGUUGACCUGAGUGCCCAGAACCCAAAUAUACAGGUAACCAUCGAGGUGGUGGAUGAUCCCCAGGCUGAGAUAGAGAUGGAUUUGCUGAAGGAGACCAGCAAUGACUGGUCCCUGACCUCCUCCGAGUGGUUGUCACACAAGGACCUUUUCUGGCCCCUCUUCUGGGAGUACACGGAUCCCACUGAGGAAGAGGAGGAUGACGAGGAUGACAGCCUGGACAGAGGGGAGGAGGAGGAAGAUUAUACAGCCGAGUAUGAGGAAGAGGAGGAGACAGUGCUGAGCGGAGUGGGAGGCAACUGGGACCAGAGGUGGCCGAGUCAGAAGAACUGGAUCUUCAAGGAAAAAUAUAAUUAUGACUAUGAAGAUGAAGAGGAGUGGAGCUCUUGGUCCCCCUGCAGUGUGACCUGUGGUAGCGGGAACCAGAAGAGAACCCGGUCCUGUGGCUACGCCUGCACAGCCACCGAGUCGAGAACCUGCGACCUGCAUCGCUGCCCUGGAGCAGAUGGGGAGAUGGUCUUCACCACUGACGAGACGCCAUUUGAGGGUGAGAACACCACGGAGAUGUUCAACUCAGAUGUGGACAGUUGUGAGAAGUGGCUGAACUGCAAGAGCGACUUCCUCACCAAGUAUCUGAGCAAGGUGCUGACGGAUUUGCCCAGCUGCCCCUGCUCUUACCCAUUGGAGGCUGUUUACAGUGCUGUGAAUCUGCGGGAUGAGCGCCAGGGCAAGAACUUCCGCUGGCGGGAUGCCAGCGGGCCCAAGGAGCGGCUGGACAUCUACAAGCCUACGGCCCGCUUCUGCCUGCGGUCCAUGCUCUCCUUGGAUAGCACCACGCUGGCCGCCCAGCACUGCUGCUACGACGAGCACACAAAGCUUAUCACCCGGGGCAAGGGGGCCGGCGCCCCCAACCUCAUCAGCACGGAGUUCUCCCCGGAGCUGCACUACAAGGUGGACAUGCUGCCUUGGAUUCUGUGCAAGGGGGACUGGAGCCGGUACCAUGCUGUUCGGCCCCCCAACAAUGGGCAGCAGUGUGCUGAUAACCCCACUGAGGAGGAGUACCUCUCCCAGCUGCAGGAGGCCAAGGAGUACUAGCAGAGCUCGGCCGAGUGAUGGGGGAGCAGGAUGUGGCAGGUCCACCAUGUAACACCCCAGGAGCACCAGGGGGCCUGUCUCUCUCUCCACCGCAAUGAGAGCCCGCAGGCCACAGAGGCUCUGGAGACGUCCCCUGCUUGUCACUCCCUUGGAAACAAAGCAGUCCGGGGGAGAGGCGGAGCCCUUGGCCCUACACGCAAGUUCCCUGUCAGUGCCAACCACAGGGAUUGGUUUUAAAUCUGUCUUUUCACAGAGGCAUCCCAGUUCCUUUCCAGUUUCCAAGGGGCCCAGGUGAUCCUUGCUGCAUGAUUGGCCCCAGGGGUGCUGUUCUCACCCCACCUACUUCUCUGUGGAUAGCAUGGGAUCCAUGCGGGUGACAGCUAGAGGCAAUGGAAGGCAGCGGCCUCUGAGGGUGGGGGUGUAUAAAGGGAAAGGGUGCAGCUCCUGUUACUUUUCUAUGAAGUGUUAAUUGCAAUCUCAUAAGGAGCUCAGGAGCUUAUGGUGAAACAUUCUUGGCUUCUAUUUGCUUCAUGUUGCAGCUGUGCUGGUGAAGUUUAAUACACCAACCAAGACUUGCUGUUAAGGCAAAGAGUUAGCAGCUUUGUCAGAGACAUCUAACCAGGCAACUGUAUAAACGCCUGCCUCAUCAGGUACUGGGUCUCCUCUAAAACCUGGGGAUAGAUCCUCCCAGGAGAGUGCUCCUAGUGAUGAGUAUGUGGUGGGAUCUCCCCUGGAUCUUACAUUUCAGACUUGGAAAGAAAGAGACUGGGAAAGACCCACGUGGUGUUCCCUGGGCUCUUGUGGCUGGGGGAUGGGGUAGUGAUGCAAAAACAUGCCCUCUUCACAGAGUUAUUGAGAAUAAUAAGGCACACCUGCUGCCAGGGCCGGGAGCAAAUAGGGACAAACAAGAUCUGAUCUCCACCCAGAGGGGAAGGAAAAGGAAAUGAUCCAAUAUCUGUGUUUAACACCUUGUCCUCACUUCAAAGGGAAUGGGCUGGGGGGAUUGGUAGAAGUCACAUCAGCAGCCCAUAUGUACACCUGGUUCUCUCUGGCAGGCCAGUGUUGAGGAGUGUCCUUCCAUAAGAUAGAUCAGCAGUUCCCACUCUCUCUCUUCCCACAGCCUUUCCCUGGCUCUGCAGAGUGCGGGAAGCAGCCCUGCUGUUUGUGUCCUCACAAUGAUGUGCAGAAAGCACCCAAGUCAGAGGAAUCUCUCUGCAAGCCCAGACUCUGCCAGGGUGACCAGCUGUGACCAGGGUUUUUUCCCCUGGGACUGGCCAGUGGUUUUGACACUGUAAGACCACAUGGGGACGGGAGCUAGACUCCCGCAUGUGGAUGCUUGCACCGUUGCUGGGUUUUGCUCUUUGAGAGGCUGCGGCUAUAGCCAGUGCAUCUCCAUUGUGUGCACCCCCCCACACACACCCUACAGGAGAGCGAGUGUGAUGGAUUAGGCCACUCCCUGCAGCUUGGCGUCCGGUUAGAAAGAACAGAUUGGCGUCUGCUCUGUUUCUCUCUGGGCACCUUCAAAACCAGGUCCUCUCUUCCUCUCUCUCCACCGUCCCCAGUAUUCUGCUAGUCCAGUCCCCUGCGUUCCUGCCUGCCCAGCCGUCUCCCUAGCUUUGUCCCUCUCGUCUAGCAGCAAUAGGGAGUGGAGAGUGUCUAGAAGAGCAGCAGCUGCUGAGUGGGAGGCGCUGGUGUCCUGAAUAGUCACUCCCCGCCCUUGCCCUCAGCAUGUCUUCAUUUCCAGGCUCUUGGGGUGUGGUCAUUGACUCCAAUCCAAGGCUCCCAUCCUACUGGGGUGAGAAGCAACACAGGACCCAGCCAAAGGUGCAUGCUUCACCCUCCUGUCACCUCGAUUAAGAACUCCCCGACCAGGGCCCACAAGUCUCUCAUGGACCUGUCUGCUGCUGGGGAUGCUCUCUUGUGGCUGAAGCCCAUCCUGUGGCCAGUUCCUGUGGAUUAUUUGAAGGAGCUGAGGUCUGACCCAUCCCCUUAAGGUUCUUGUGCUUUGCCCACUGCUGACUGACAAGUGCAUGGUGUGCUGGAUCACAGUGUGGCAAUAGCGACAUGUAAUGGCCACCUAGGGAAAUGGCAAAUGUCAUUCCUAGGGAGAGCUCCAGGCCCAGCAUCUUAUGACAGGUCUGGGGUCAAAAUAGGUGAUGGGAAUAAACCACUCUCCAUUGUGGGGCAGAAAUGUCACUUCCUUCCCAAAUGGUAUCUUCUGCCCAACCCCCUGAAAUGAGGCAGCCCAGCCCCACCUCAUCAGGGAACCAGCAGGUAUGUCCCUCUGCUUCAGGCACACUGCUCUGCCUAGGCACCCUCUGUCCAUGAGCCCUGGGGCUCAUGAGUCCUGUUUCAAUCUAUUCCUGCCCAGGAUCUACUGUAGGAGUGAGUAUAGUUGGGUGAACCACACACUGGUAGGUCCCAAGAACUGUGCCACCCACCUCUUUAAAACUAUAUAAAAAAUACACUGACACAAAUUGUACAAGGUAACAUUAGGGACAAAAAGAACGAGGAGUACUUGUGGCACCUUAGAGACUAACAAAUUUAU